CCGAAGGGCCGCUUUCCCCAUUCCACUCUCCUUCCGCGGAGUGCGACGACAGGGGGAGGAAAUCCCUAGGGUUCCGGCGAGAGUCCGCGGGGAGAGGGGGGGACAGAAGAAGGAGGCGGCUGCCGGUGGCGUGCGGGGGGCGGCGAACGACGGCGAGGCGCAGCUGAAGGCCGCAUAGUCAAGGGGGAGGGGGUCGCUAGUACAACCGCUCUCGCCCGACCACUAGUUGCGUGGGGAGGGGAGGAAAAGGCGAGACACGACGGGCGGGGAGCGGAGGUCGCCGGACCAAUUCCCUGCAGCACUAAUUUGUCAGGGAUACAUGAUAACAGCAAGAAAGGGGUCGAGGAAUUGCUGUAAGAGAUUGAAGGGCUAGAAGAACUGAAAAGAUACCUAUUGCUAGGCCCAAAUUAUCAUGAAAUGAAGUGAAAAUAGCAUAGAUGACUUGCUGUCACCUGUUAGGCAGCACAGAGGCCCCAAAAUGUAUCAACAUCGAAGAGGCCAUCAUGACAUGCAUGGAUUCGGUUCAGUGACGGGUUGCUUGCCACAAAAUGAUAGCUUAGUGGGAAUGGUGCCUGGAAGCUGUCAUGGGGUCUUUGGUUGGAAAAAUGGAAAAUACUGCCCAGGCUGUGAAAUAGGUUGUUGCAACUCAGCUCCAAUAGGCUGCUAUAUUAAAUGGUGAACAGUUUCAGUAGCAUCGUCAAGCAAAUGCUUCCUUGGUCAAGAUAUAUUGCUCAGAAGAGCUGCAAUGAUCUUAUACCACAAGGGGGUGACGAGUGUUGCCAUUAAGCAUUGUUGCACCAAUUGGGGAGCAACACUCAAAGAGUGAUCUGUACAAUCCUUUGUUCGCCAAGCGUUUGAAAAGAGGAAGGCUAUGGUGAGGUCCAACAGGGGCAGCUGCAGUGACCGAAGGGGUUGGCUAGCGUCGACGAAGACAAAGUGUGGCAAGAACUCAGACGUGCCCAAGCAGCCUCCCAGUGCCUUUUUUUUGUUUCUACAGGAUUUUAGGCUGGAGUACAAGUUGGAACACCCGAACGUCAAGGUGUCCUCAGUGAUCAACAAAGCAGGUGGUGAUCGAUGGCGAGUUAUGUCUGAUCAAGAUAAGGCGUCAUAUUGCGCCAUGGCUGAGCACCGUAGAGCAGAGUACACUAAGGCGAUGGAAGCGUACAAUAACCCAGGGGAACCCAGCCAGCAUGAGGUGGCCCACGAGGUGGAGCCGGCUGAUGUGAUGUACAACCAAGGGGAAGUUGGCCUGCAUGAGGUGGAGCAUGACGACGCUGGCGCCAUCGACGACCACGAGGUGGAGCAUGCGGAUGUGAUGUCGUAUGGUGCCAACCUCAAGCCGUGGAACACUGGCGACGACCCAGCACCAGCUGAUUCGUUGGUCACCUCCAUCACCGGCAGUGGCCAAGGGAUGUCGUCAAGUCGGCUUCGCGCUCUCGGCUUCCCUGCUUGCAUGCAGCCCAGCAAGCAUGCCCAGCAAGCAUGGGGGCAUGGGGCAAUGUUGAGCUGUCUCAUGAUCUUAGGCUUUGCUUUAUGUGCUGGUUUGUAUCUCUCCUGGCGCUAGAUAUUUUCUCAUAGUGGAUCCUUAUGCUAAGGUUCUUUGCUCGUUGAUGUUUACAGUAGAAAUAGAUUUAGUACGCAGGACCAUUUUUUGUGUUGCUCUAGCCGGUGAAACUGAGGGACUGGUGUUCCUUUACAUGAUGAUGAUUGCUGACCAUCGUGCAUGAUUCCUCUUCUGUAUAGGGUAUUAGGGUAUAUACCUGAAUGUUGAAUAUAUUAGCUGCAUUUCUCUCCUUUCACA